CACAUAACGGAAAGUCUGGCCAACAUUGCAAAAGCUGUAAGUAGCAAUGAAUUGCCACCAAUAGCUAAAAAAUUCCAUGUCAAUCCCUAGAGUGCACACCAAAAUAUGGGGAAUGGAGUCCCUUCCCAUAGGCAAUGCACCGAAGAAUGGCACAGCUUGGCUUUUAAAAUGCAAAGAGCAAGUUCAAUGCGUUGCAUCAAUUAAUGACUCACCUUUCCUAUCAAAAUGCAAGCAAAAAAGUUUGCUCCUAACCUCAGGGAUAGGCUACUGUAGAAAAAUUGGUAAUGGGAGGAAUAUCAGAUGGGGUAGGGCAACGAAAUGGGUAUAUUGUGCAAGGGCGAGUCAGAGCCGGGGACCCUUAUGGAGUGGAAGAAUUCUUAACAAUGAUAUAAUGCAAGCUGUGCAGGCCUUGAAGAGGACCAGAGGAGAUCAGGCUAAGAUUGAAAGGGUUUUUGAAACGAGGGUUUAUCGUCUGCUGAAGUCAGAUUUGUUAGCUCUGCUUCAGGAGCUUCAUAGACAGGACGAGUGCCAUUUGGCUCUUAAGGUGUUCGAUGUUGUGCGGAAAGAAAUAUGGUACAAGCCAGAUUUGUCCCUUUAUGCCUCUGUUAUGAUGGUACAAAAAAGAAACAACCUAAUGGAAAAAGUGGAUUCAGUUUUUGAAGAAUUGAAAAAGGAACCCUUGCAACCUGACACGAAGGCUUUCACUCGGAUGCUGGCCACACUGUUACGAAUGGGCCUUCCACACCAUGCAAUUGAGACAUAUGAACUAAUGAAGCAGACACAGUGUAAGAUGGAUCAAUAUACAUUUGCAGUUCUAAUUAAGGGCCUAAAAAGACUUAGACAACCUGAUUUGGCAGACGCUAUAACAAAAGAGUACAGCGAAUUUUUGAAUGAUCCAAUGGAUCUUUUGAAAGAUACUACACAGUAUAUUGUGAUAUCUUAAUUUUAUUAAUAUUUUCUAGCA